ACCUAAAAUUUGGAACCAAUAUCGUAAGAGAAGCAUUUUUGAGCUGUACAAAAUCACACAACUCAGACACAACACACACACACAUAAUUUAUUUAUUCUCUCUCCUCCUCCUCUAAUUCUUCCCCUCUCUUCUUCUCUUCUCUUCUAAGUUCUACUGCAAUGUUCACAAAUUAUUCCACAAAUAUUUAAGAUUUAAGAACAUCAAAUAUUACCAAAAAAAAAAUAAAAAUAAUAAGAUUCAAGAACAAGGAAAGAUAAUCAAUGAUGGCAAGUAAUUUUGUUCAAGUAAAGGAGGCCACAGUAAUCACCCCUGUAGACCCCACUCCAAAUUCUGUUCUUUCUCUUUCCACCCUUGAUUCUCAGCUCUUUCUUCGUUUCACCAUUGAAUACCUGCUGGUCUACCCUCCUUCUCAUGGACUUCACCGCAGGGAAUUUCUCGCUCGUAUUAAGUCUGCUUUGGGUCGGGCUUUGAUUCAGUAUUACCCUCUUGCGGGUCGCGUUCAACAGACCCGUGAUGGGGCUUUACAGAUGGUUUGCAGGGCCCAAGGAGCUGUUUUUGUUGAGGCUGUUUCUGGGUACAGGAUGGCUGAUUUCGAGAGGGCCCCACGUUACGUGGAGGAGUGGCGGAAAUUGUUGUGGUUACACGUGGAUGAUGUUCUUAAAGGGGCCCCACCUCUGGUUGUUCAGCUUACGUGGCUUGCUGACGGGGCGGUGGCUGUUGGGUUUGGCUUUAACCACUGUAUAUGUGAUGGGAUUGGGAGUGCUGAGUUUAUCAACUCUUUUGCUGAGUUAACUCGUGGGGUUACGGUUCGUGGGCCUAAGCCCGUUUGGAAUCGUCACUUGCUUGGCCCGAGUCCGUCCAACAAAUCUAAAUUAAGUAUCCGUGUUGACUCAGUCAGUCAUCCUGAGUUUACCCGAGUGGAGGAUUGUUGUGGGUUCUUAGCAAGAUUCUCUAGGGAGACAUUGGUCCCAACUUCAAAUGUUUUUAGUAAAUAUCACAUCAAUCAACUUAAACGACAAACGAGUCGACUCAGUGAUUUGACAAGUUAUACGUCAUUUGAGGUUAUUUCGGCCCAUAUUUGGGGAUGUUGGGCCAAAUCAUUAAACAUGCCAUCAAACCAAGUACUUAGGCUAUUAUUUAGUGUUAAUUUCCGUAACAGAAUAAAACCGGGUCUACCCGCUGGGUAUUAUGGAAAUGGGUUUAUACUAGGGUGCGCCCAAACCACAGUUAAAGAUUUAACCGAAAAGGGUUUGGGCUACGCUUCGGAAUUAGUACAAAAAGCAAAGGAAAGGGUGGAUGAUAAAUAUGUAAGGGAAGUGAUCGAGUUAGUAAGUGAGAAUCGAACAAGUCCUGACUUAGUUGGAGUGCUAAUAUUGUCACAAUGGUCUAGACUUGGGCUAGAAAGGGUUGACUUUGGGCUUGGGAAACCAGCCCAUGUAGGGCCCAUUUGCAGUGAUAAGUACUGUUUGUUAUUGCCAGUUCAUAAUCAGGAGGAGGCAGUGAGGGUGAUGCUAGCUGUCCCUACAAGUGCCGUUGACAUGUACCAAAAUUUAUUAACUAAACCUUUUUAUUCUAAUGACAAUUUAUGAGUAUAAUUUAUUUUUAAUUAGAGUUUAGUUUAAAGUUGGAUUGUUUAGAUCGAUCUUAGUUUAACUUAAUCACUAACAAAUUCAAGUUUAUUUUUGUGG